AUGCGCCUGUCCGUGCGGAGGGCGCUGCUGGCAGCCGGCCUGGCCCUGGCCCUGGUGCUGGCUGUCCACCUGGGGCAGCGGGUGCUGGAGUGCCGGGCGGUGCUGGGGGGCCCGCGGGGCCCCCGGCGGACCAUGCGGCCCGAGCAGGAGGACCUGGUGAUGGUGGGCGCGGACCACGUGGAGUACCGCUACGGCAAGGCCAUGCCGCUCAUCUUCGUCGGGGGCGUGCCCCGGAGCGGCACCACGCUGAUGCGGGCCAUGCUGGACGCGCACCCCGAGGUGCGCUGCGGCGAGGAGACCCGUAUCAUCCCGCGCGUGCUGGCCAUGCGCCAGGCCUGGUCCAAGUCGGGCCGGGAGAAGCUGCGGCUGGACGAGGCAGGCGUGACGGACGAGGUGCUGGACGCCGCCAUGCAGGCCUUCAUCCUGGAGGUGAUCGCCAAGCACGGGGAGCCGGCCCGCGUCCUCUGCAACAAGGACCCCUUCACGCUCAAGUCUUCCGUCUACCUGUCGCGCCUCUUCCCCAACUCCAAGUUCCUGCUCAUGGUGCGCGACGGCCGGGCCUCCGUGCACUCCAUGAUCACCCGCAAGGUCACCAUCGCUGGCUUCGACCUCAGCAGCUACCGCGACUGCCUCACCAAGUGGAACAAGGCCAUCGAGGUGAUGUAUGCGCAGUGCAUGGAGGUGGGCAAGGACAAGUGCCUGCCCGUGUACUACGAGCAGCUGGUGCUGCACCCCCGGCGCUCCCUCAAGCUCAUCCUCGACUUCCUGGGCAUCGCCUGGAGUGACGCUGUCCUCCACCAUGAGGACCUCAUCGGCAAGCCGGGCGGCGUCUCUCUGUCCAAGAUUGAACGAUCCACAGACCAGGUCAUCAAGCCCGUGAACCUGGAAGCUCUCUCCAAGUGGACUGGCCACAUCCCUGGGGAUGUGUUGAGGGACAUGGCCCAGAUUGCCCCCAUGCUGGCCCGGCUCGGCUAUGACCCCUAUGCAAACCCGCCCAACUACGGCAACCCCGACCCCAUUGUCAUCAACAACACACACCGGGUCUUGAAAGGGGACUAUAAAACACCAGCCAAUCUGAAAGGCUAUUUUCAGGUGAACCCGAACAGCACCUCCUCCCACCUAGGAAGCUCGUGA